AUGGCCAUCGCUGAUAACCUGUCGAACAAGUCUUCCAACAACACGACCGAGAAGGAGUUCGCCAAGCUGCAGGACCUCAUGCACAGCGGCGCGACCGAAGCUUCGAGCUACUUGGACUCGCUCAAGAGCAAGUUCGCCGACUACGACAACUCGCACAAGUCGUCCAAAGAUACCGCCACGUCCUUCUUCCAGGCCGCAAUGGACCGGGCGAACGAGUCCGUGGAGAAGCUCAAGAAAGCGGGCGAAGACAUCCGGACAAGCGGCAACAACGCAUCGGACUCGGCUGUCGAGUCGGCCAAGCGCACGAUGGACCACGCCCAUUCGGCCCUGGAGGACUUGGGCGAGUCUGCCAAGACGUACGACGAACGCGCGCGUGACUCGAUCAAUGACAACGUGGACAGUGCCAAGAGCAAAGGCUCGAGCGCGAAGGAGUCGUUGCAAGACUCGAUCUCGUCCCUGAUGAAGUCGACGCGCGAGUCGACUUUCCACGGCUUCGAUGCCCUGCGGGACCAAUUCACUGCCACGCAAAAGUCGAUGUCUCAACACGCCUCGGAAGCUGCCGACGCCGUGUCCGAAAAAGCGUCGGAGGCUGCUGACGGUGUCUCCAAAAAAGCGUCGGAAGCUUCCGAGAAGAUGAAGCCAGAGGACUCGAAAGCCGAUCCGUCGUUGAUGGAGCGUGCGACGGAUGCAGUGACGUCGUCGCUGGAUUACGUGGCCAGUACGCUGCAGGGCUCGAGUAGUGCCAAGAGCACGUAA